AUGGACAGCGUACGCUAUUUGUCUUACCAUCAAUGGAAAGAAAGUAAGGACGACGUAAGUGUCACUUAUCAUCAAAGACUACUGGCCAACGUCGAAGCUCUUGAGGCGAACGUCGGGGCGAUAGACAAGCUGAUAACUGGUUAUUUAGACGCUACAAAAGGUUUCUGUGGGGCUGGUUCCCAACUAGCGGAAGCCUUUUCAACGGUUUUGAAAGAAACGCCGCUUUUAGAGAUUUCUCAACAGCUGAAACAAGUCGUGGAGGAAAUCGAUCAUGUCGCUCAUAAGUCGAGUGUUCAUAUCACGAGUAGUCACAUUUUGGGAACGCUUUGCGAGUUCACAGCCACUUUGCCUGGUCUUAGACGAGCCAUUGAAGCGCAUAAGAGAAGCGUACAAAAUUACGAAUCGUGUCAAGAAAACUUGGACUGGUUAGAGCGAGACGAUAGCUUUGUAAACAGUGAUGGAAAGCGACUCAAAACAACCAGACAAAGAUUCCGUGCUGCAACUGAAGAACUUACGAAUGAAGAAGAAAAGUUGUACAGAAGCUUUUCAGAAGUGGAGGAAAAUCGAGUUAAGGUAUGUUGUUUUUGAUUCUAGAAUGUUCUGUUUCGAUUCGGCAUGAUGUGUUGAUUCAUUGAUUACAGACACGCUGAAAGGAUCUGCAAUGCGGUGGGAUAUUUCAUACGCACCAAGACUUGCUUUAAUUAUCUUCAGUUUACUUUCAUUGUUUGCUUCGGUUUAAAUAAACUGGAUGAAGUUAUAAAUAUCUGUCUGACAUAAUAAACUCUUUAGACAUUACUAUAACUGGAUGAAUUUAAACAAGUUUAACCUUUACUGAGAUAUCUUCUGGCUUUGCUUGAGUAGAUUAAUGGAUUUCUUGUUACAAGGCCAGACCAACAAAUGCCCUCGUGUAAUCAUUUUGUCAUGGUCUCAAAAUAGCCGUGACUGUAGAGAGCCAGAGAGCGCAUCACAUGAAAAUCACAGAACAAAUGCUGAAAAAAUUUCGUAGCGACCAAGGAACUAGUGCAUUAGAGAGAGUAUGAGGGGCAAUGCUGAGAUGUUCGAGGAAUUUGUUAAAUGUAAACAAGAGUGGUUGGCCAUCAGCUGUGGAGGACAAAACAAUUUUUUUUCGAGACCCAGAUGGCGUCUUUUUGGGUUUUUUGAUUUGAAAUUAAAUUCUUGCCCUUGAUAAUGGGGAGCAGGACGUCUUUAAAAUGAUUACUCCUCCAUGCGAAAUGAAAACCAAAGUUUUGGAUCUUUUUAUAGGUCCCUCAUGCUGAAUUGAAAAUAUUUUCACACUUCAAAGCGUAUUUGAUACAUCUAGCAAGUUGCAUAACUUUAUGCAAAGAGUUAAUUUCUUUCAUAGUGAGAAUUUUCUUUCUCCACUCGGUUUGUUUUUAGUCAUAUGGGUGUGAGUGAAAUAAAAUGAAUUCAGAUCAACUCCCUUUCUUUUGCAUUGUGUCUGCAUGUUUAUUUUCAUUACAAAAAGAAGCAAAGAUUUUACCUGCCCCUUUUCAUGUCAUUACACACUCUAUGCAUACGUUAUCAUUGAAAUCUGAAAAUAAAUAUGCUUGAAUUUGGAAAAGUGUUUUUUCAAGAUAGAAUUUUAGUUAUUCUGCCCUCAAGUAAAUAUUCAUAGACACUGUGAAAAAUAAUUUUCAUAAUUCUGAAUACAAAUUCAAGAUUAAUUGUUCAUACUUAUUUUAAUUGAUUAUUUAAAAGCAACCGAUGUUUCUAUUUACCUACCACCUCAAAUGACCAGAAUUCAUUGUCUGUAGAGCAUUUUUUCGACAUUGAUUGAUACCUUCAAAAGUACAUCGAUUUUUGUUAUUCCUUUUUCCAAUCUAGAAUUGAAAUCUUUUGCAGUAAAAUGUGGUUCCAGAAGCUUCUACCUGGCUGCUAAUUAAGCCACUCACUAUGUGCAUAUAUAUCAAUGAAAGUGCUUUUCACUUACCAUUGUUUCCUUUUAAACAGGAAGGCUUUUUGCCCCUGUGGUUUAUUCUUUAUUUAAGCACAGUUAUUAAUUGUGGCUUGAGGCUUUGGGUUGAUAGAAAAAUUGACAAGCAGUCUGUUGGAUGACUGAUAGCUACAAACAUGUUUGAUUUUAUCAUGAAGAGAUAAAGGAAACAGGAAAAGGAAAGACAGAACAAGCUCGCUAUUUCCUGAGUCCCCCUUUUAUUAUACACCUUCACUAAGAAAAAAUAACAAAAUAAAAAAUUUUCAGUGUUAAUGGAUACUAGACAGUUCAGUUUUGUUGACAGAGUCAGAGUUUAUCACAGCUACUAAAAGACCUACUAAAUAGAAUGACACAUUUUUGUCAUAUCUUAGAUUCUGCUCACUUUUAUCUGCAGCAGACCACUGACUGUCAUAAUUAGAAUAACCUGUCCAAAAUUCUUGGGUUUAUCUUUUCCGAAUGCCCUGAUAAGCCACCCCUUCUCAGAUUAACUUUAUCUAGAGCUUCAUGUUUUUAAUGAGUUCCCUCUGAAUUGGAUUAUGCUUUCCAACCAAUCUCCUCCCUUAAACUGGGAGAGGAUUUAGUUGAAAUUAUUGUUCACUUGGGCUAGGUAUCAUUUUAGUUCAGCAUUAUACUUGUAUGGGAAAGCCUAUGUCAGCUUUCAUUCUAAAUAUUGUAAGAUUUCCAUAAAAUACAUACUGAGUACAAUAUUAUAUACAGCUGGGAAAUAGUCAGAAGGAGAGUGAUGUCGAGCAUUUUGUCUCUCAUCAGUGAGUGUCUGAUAAAACUUUCCUCUCUGAUAAGCUCCCCUCUCGCAAAAACAUCCCUCUUCUGAAAAUCAUAGAAAUUGAUAACCCUUCCUCUCUCUGGAUGCUCAUUAAUGAGAUAAGUCUGAAAAUUGUUGGUAGAUCUAAUAUGCUGUAUGAUAUCCCACAGCAGAAAUUAAGAGAAGUGACUCUUAUAUGAUGAUGAAAUGCUGAAAAAGCCCUGGAUAGCAACAAUAAAGAAAUAAAUAUCCUGACUGACCAUUCCUAUUGAAAUUGAUUUUCCAUUAAUCCAGUUUACAAGGAUUCUGAAUGAACAUUAAACUUUUAAAAGCUAUGGAGGAAACCAGUUUCCCAUGUGCAAAAAGACUUGAAGCUAAGGGGUUGAACUUGUGGUAAAGGAGACAAAUCUUUAAGGCAACAGGGUUGAAUGCUUUCAUCUUCUUAAUUGCCGCACUGAGGACCCAACCUGAAAAAUGUUCAAGAAUGUCAAUACUUCUACCUUUUAUUUAAAUUUGCAGUGAACUACAAUCUGCUUUUUGAUGCAGUUACUGUUCUAUUGAAGAGUUUUGCACAAAUACAUAAAUUGUUGAUGUCUCUAUUUACAUUCAGUCAACAUGAGCAAGUUUUAUUUUAUUGUGUAUUUGUUUUAUUAAGGUUCUAAUUACCACCCUAAAAGUCAACUCUGAUUUUGAUCCUCUUUUCUAGAUGUUGGGAUCAUGUUUCCUUUCACUCUUACAAGUGCAGUCCCAGUUCUUGUCAUCAUCAGCUGACUUGACAACAUCAUUGGGUGGGUUCCAUGAGAUUGGUGACUAUCUGCGGGACAGAGAAGUCACCCUGGCUCUCAAAGAUGCCACUGCAACAUGGCUGUCACUUGCUCAAGUAUGUUUGAAAAGUCAACUUUUAUUUAUCUAUUUGAUAUUUGUAAACUUAGGAUGAAAAUGAAAACAAACUUGAAGAUGUUUCUGAAAACUGCAGCUUUCAGAAUUUCUUUAAUUUUCAUAUCAGCAUGCUGUACUUGAUGUGCUUUUAGAAGAUUACUAUUGAACUAUAAUUAUCAGAACUUACAAUGAUUGCUAUCACAGGGAAUGUUGUCAUGACCAUUACCAACAGUACCCUGGUUGUUGUUAUUUUUGUAGUUGUUGUAGUCAUCAAAUUGCAUUAGUGUGACUUACAUUGGUAACUCAUACAUCAUGUCCCUCCAUGAAGUCCCUGUUCACUCAAUUCAUUUUAUUAGCAUUCUGACUCAUGUUUGUAAUUACAUGCUCAUUAAAUUCUAGGAAGUCUUAAAUCAACACUGGGUGGGUGGGGGGGGGGACAUGCCCUAAGAGAUUGUAUGGUCGACUCCUGAUUAAGAGGGUCAGGUUCAAGUCCUCAGGGAAAGGGAAGGAGAGGGGGGAGAGAGGGAGAGAGGGAGGGGUUAUAUUUUUUUUGUGUUCUUGAGGGAAAUACAUGUUCCUAACUAUAUUCUUAUAGCCUCCCUCUUUACUCAAGAGUUUGUGUUGAGUACCAGCAAACUGGCAAGUUAAUCAGGUGAAAUGCUAUAACAUUCUUGCAGAAUAGAUUUAUAGAGAAUACCAACUUUCCUUGUCAUGUUAUGCCAGCAAAGCUGAGAUAUGCUUCAUCCUGAUGGCUCACUUUGCUGGAGUGCAGGCUUAACUGUUACCAAAGUUAAACCUACAUCAAGAAUUCUCAGUGCAAGCUAAUAUUAAAAUUGAAAAGAUACAUGUUUCCAUAGGGAAUACUUAUUAUCCUUGCAACUGUUACAGUACAAAACUUUUCCUUGCAGUCAAACCAAGCUUUGCGUCAAGGAGAGAUGUUGAGUAGGGAACAGUUGCAAUUCUUAACAUUGGGUGCUCAAGGAGAACUGGCUGAUCCAGAGAGAAAAGAACUGAUUUUGAAAGUCAACAAUUUGCUCAAGGUAAAACUUUUUACCAUGCAGUGUAAUGUUUGUUUGAUUUUUUAAAAAAAAUAUUUAGGGUAUACACACCCUGUACAUAGGUUUGGCUUGAAUUAAAAAUGGAAGAGCUGGUUAACCUGUGUUUCUAUGGAAAGAGCAAAAUGAGCCACAUAGUAUUUAAUGUUUUAUAUCAUUUGAUUAACCCUUUAGACCCUAAGACUGACCAUCAUCUAAUUUCUCCCUACAGUAAUACUGCUGAGUUAUUCAUUAAAAUCUUGAAAUAAAGGAAAGGAUCACCAAUUUCUCCUUACUAACACUUUAGGAAAUGAAUAGAGAACAGUGUGGAGUAUAUGCAUACUGCUGUUAAGGUUAACAAUAAAGAGAGAUAACAAAUUCUAACGAAAAGAAACUACUAAUUAUGUCACUUUUGGGUAUUGAACCACGAGCCCUCUUCCCUCACUGUGGGAAUUUUCCCAAUUUUCCACACCAUGCAUAUCCCAUAAAUUUGGAGAAACAGAGACAUUCCAUAUUUGUUUAUGGGGCUUGUUUAUAGAAUUACAAAAAGGUGUUUAAUCAAGCUCCAACACCAGAAGCAGACAUACCUGCUGGCUUCCACAGGAAUCCCAGGGGAAUAGAGCUGGCUCUAAAGGUAUGUAACAUCAUCAGAUGCAGUAGAGUAUGUCAAAAAAUCUGGCCAUCAAAAAGGCCAAAGUAAAAAGUUACUCAACUACUCUGUUUUAUUGUGGAAGGAGGUUUGAUGAUGAUUGUUUUUGAAGAGGUAAAUGAUUUAUAUUUAAAUAUUGAUUCAUGGCAAGAGAUUAUGGCAGAUAUAUAAAUACAAAUUAGUCAGAAAACAUUGUGUCUGGAUUGUGAUGAAAUGCUGUGCAACUUGAAAACAAGUGAAAUGAUCAGAAUUUAAUCUAAUUCUUUUGGUCUAAGUAACCAAGAGAUAGAGUUAUUUAGCUCCUAGGCACUUAAGAUUCAGAAAUCAGAACCUCUAGCACAUUUAAGGACUGGGAAAUCAUGGACAUGACUUUUAACAGGGUUGCUGUAGUGAAGUGGAAGCAAUGGCUGCUGGUGGUGUCACAGAAGCUGUUACUGCUCAAGAAAUGGAACUGCAGAUUUUGAAGCAGAUUCCAAAAUUACAACUAAAAAUUGGUGAGAGAUAGUUUGAUGAGCAAUCUUGCUACUAAAUUAAUAUAAAUUAGAUGAUACAUAUGCUAGACACUAUUUCAAUGUUGUAUUGUAUAUCCAAGAUACAAUAAGUGGUUGUUAUCUUGAUCUAGAAGGAAAUGUGAAGUAGUUUUUGGGGAAAAUUGACAAACAGAUCUUAGGAAUUGAAGAGUUAAGUAAAAGCAACUUAUGUUAACUUUUCAUCAUCAUUGUGGUCAUCCAUUCUUAUCCAGCCAAAAAGUGCAUAAGGCCAUAAAUUUAAUAUAUUCCUCUAAAUUAUUCUUCUUGAUAAGUUGUGUCCUUUCUGGGCUAAUUUCUACUGGUAAGAAACUUGUUGUUUUAAAAGAAGUGAUCACAGGGAAAAUAAAUUUGUCUUUGUCUUCUUCUUCUCUCUCUCUCUCUCAGGUUAUGUGUUGACUGAAGUUUGCUCCUCUCCAAGUAAAGCCAAUGACAAUUACAAAUCUAAGCUGGUAACUACCUUAAGUAGAUAAUAAGUCUAGAUGUGUAACUGGACAGUUUUUGAAUGCAGCCAUUUUCUCUUAUACCGCAUAACCUUUUGUGUCACUAAGUGAAGUUUUAUUUCAACCCAAACAGCACUGUAUCAGAGACCUGGUUAGUUCUGUUGCAAAGCAGAAUGACAUCCCUCUCAAUCGUGAUACCUUGGAUAUGUUUGUGCUGAUGGUGCUGUAUGAGGCCUGUUCUCCAGCAUGCAGUUCUGCAGCCAAAACAGCUGUACAGCUUCUGUUUGGCAAAGCCCAUUUGGUAAGAAAAUAUUCAUGAGACUCAGCAGCUCUGAUUGUUUUGAUAACACUUUUGGACUGGUUAACUUAGAAGCUUUGUAACUCAAAAGGUAGAACACAGGAACAUGUAUGUAUUUGUUAAUAGCCAGAACACAAAGUCAGAAAAAUAAAAAAAAAGUGUUGGUUAUGAAGCUUUAUAUUUAGUGGUCAACGGAUUUUAACCAUUUGAAUAAUGUUGUGAGAAUUAGCAAUACCAUUCACAGUUAUUUUAGGUUUGUUCUUUUCUUCCCUUUUUUUUUUUGCCCUGUUCUUGGCAUACAGAAUGUAUUUGAAAAUAUGCUACAAAGCAACUUACACACUGUUAUUUAAGUGCAUGGCAUUACUCUUGUAUUAAGGUAACAGCUAAACCAAGCAAAGAGAAAAACACUCGGCUGGCCCAAGUGUAUGUAAAAGGAACAUCCAUUCAUGUUGAGGUGUCCACCACAUGGUAUGUAGAUAUUUGGUUUGAUACAUAAUAUUCAACUGAUUCCUUUGUUAAAUGCUAGACUUAAUCUGUGUGUAAAUUUACCACCCAGUGUCAAUAAACCAGAAAUGGAAAUAGGAUGUUUUUAUCAGGUAGCUAGACUUUGUAUAACAACAAUUUUUUUCAGCAAGAAGGGAGAAUUUGUUACUAGAUCUUGGGAGUUAAAAAGUUAAUGACUAAGGUUCAAACACAAAAAUGAGAGAAGAAAUAAAGAGAUAGUCUAAAAAAGAGACAAGUGUGAAUUUUUCCAGACUUCACAGGAUGUGAAAUUGCACCUAAUACAGGCGCCAAUGCGCCUAAAUUUUUCACUUUGGCAACCAAAUCCUGAAAUUUAGUCGCCAAAUUGGUGACUAGAACGUUUCAUCAUAACCUUACCAAGAGAUAUAGUGAAUUAAAAAGAUUUGCAGAGAUAAAUCCGCGGCAAACUUCCUCGUUAAGUUUGUUUCCAAAACGUAGCACAUGCAUCUCGAUUGAUAACUAGACGCCAUCUUGGAUUUAGAUGAGCCUGAAAGUUGUAUAUCAUCCAUCCUAGUGUCCACUUUGUAGCACGUUAAUUUUGGAGGGUCUAUCUAGAACGCUGACAGCAUAAAGAAAGAUUUUGUUUGUCUUUGAAAAUGGCGACCAACUUUUUUUGAAUUGGCUACCACUUUGAAGAAUUAAGGAGCCAAGUGGCUAUUUUCGCCCUGCUUCAACAAGAUUCGCAAUAUAUUUGUAACGUAGCUGGCCGUUUUGGUCAAAACAUUUCAUUAAGCAAGUGAGAUGGGAGAAUUAUUAAUUUUGGUGCAAAUCCUCAACAAAAGCUUUAAAUAUUCUGCUCUGGCUUACAGACUAAUAUCCUUAAGUCUAGAAAGUGAAACCUCUUAAUAACUGCAGUUGCAGUAAUGGUAAUGCUAAAACAAACAUCAGGGAUACAGAGAGAGGCAAACAAAAAAGACGACAUGUUAACAGUUGCAUGCUACCAUACUUGUAAAGUAUCCAAAACAUAAAAUGGUUUUGCACUUUUCAUUUUUUUAGGAUAAUCACAGAAGACUCCUCCACCUUUGCUUGCCUGUCUAAGGACUUGGACUUUCCUUCUCCUCUGGGAACAGUUGAUGCUGUUUACACAUCCAAGUUUAGUUUAAUGGAUUAUUUAGAGGACAAGUGAGUGACAUUCAUUGUGUUGUGUUCUUAGGCAUUGUGUUGUGUUCUUAGUUCUUCUCUUCACCCAGGUGUACAAAUGGGUACCAGCAAAUGUGCUGGGGGUAACCCUGCAAUGGACUAGCAUCCCAUCCAGGGGGGAGUAGCAAUACUCCUAGCCGCUUCAUGCCAAGAAAACUGGAGUCAAGCACUGGCCCCAUGGGCCACUUGGGCCUGUAUAAAGGCAACUUUUAGUUGUUUAGUCUAGUAUUUGUUUUAUUUUGUUUUUUAUUGUGGGGAAAUAUGUUCUGGAAAUUCUAUUCCACUGAUUGUUCGUAAUGGGUGUAGUGUUAAGGAUAUCUUUUUUUUGGGGGGGAGGGGGGGAGGGGGCAUGUAGGAAUGAGGCUUAUUGUGUAAAUAACUUAACAUCUCUUUAUUGUGGUUUUUGACAGAUCCUUUAACAAGUUGUUUAUUAUUUUUAUCAUAGUAUUAUUGUCAGUGGUUUUUCUCUCCUAAUUUUGUCGUUGUUGUUGUUGUUUACAGAGAAAGGCCUUUACCUGCAAUUCAUGUUAAGCGUCGUAACCUUUCCAAGUCUCCACCCUUGUUGACCAAACUUGAUAUAUCACCAAAUCAUAAGCACAAGAGCUUCAGAAAGACUUUUACUAAAGCCACGUCCAAGAUAUUUUCUCGAAAGUCUGUGACAUCCAAAGCAGUCAAUAAUCUGAAUGCUGUGGUAGAUGCAAGCAAUCAAAAUGUUCUAUCUGGUGCUGGGGCUAAACAGGAGUCGUCAGGUAUACUGUGCAUAAGCAAAAUAUUAAAAUUGUGAUCAAACAUCCCAGAAAGAAAAUAAUCGUGAUCGCAUCAUCAUCAUCUACAAGGAAGUGAAUUUUAUUGUGAGAUCAAUGAGCUAUGUAAUUAAACUUUAUUUCAACUUACAGCUUUGCAGUAUUUUAUCCAAUGUUCUUCAAUAUUUUUUUUUUUGAGAAAAAUUUAUGAGGAAAACAUUUUUUUUUCUUUUGGAUGGAUAUUGGUUCUGUCUAAAUGAAUGCAAUCUGAAGGGGAUUGAAGUUUAUUUCUCUCAGAGUUUCUAUACAACUGAAGUGUAACAAUUAAACAAAGCCUCACUGUUUUAAAACACAUAAUUACAUGUUUACUAAAGCAGUUUGCCCAGGGUCAUUCUGUGAAGUGGGUCUAAACAGAGAUCCUAUCUCCUAACUGUCCUAAAUAUUUGGUUCAUACAUGCAGAGUUUUUCUGUUUCCACAAAAUCAUUUAAUUUGAUUUCAUAUCACUCUGGAUUUCAGGUUACCGCACAUCUGUUGCAUCCAGCACUGACACAGGAGAGGAACAUGACACUGACAUUGAUGACCCAGCUCCUCUUCCCCCACCACGCCCACGUCAUUGGGCAAGAAGGGCCAAAGAACAAUCAAUGGCUCCUGAGAGUAUAAGUUCCACCUCAGGAAAGAUUGUUGAAGAGCUGAGCAAGGCUGAUGAUCCUUUGUCACCAAGCGAUUGGUCAAAGUCUGUUCCACAAUUUCCACUGCCGACUUUUAAAAGCACAAUGCCAUGUAAGUAGAAUUCAUGAGCAAUUAAAUGUAAAUUGUAAGAAGCUCUUGCUUCUUGGAAGGAAAGAAAAUUCCAUUUCAUAUGUCAACAGAAAAAAUUCAGAUAUUGUUUCAAAGUAUUCAAUAAUCAAGCACAAAUAGAAAUACAAAGUCAACAGAUUUAACACAGAAGGUAGGUUAGGUCAAAGUCUACAUGUUGGCCUACCAUUUGAUUCUUUACUGUACACACUUGUCAAUAUUUUGCACCUUUCACUAAGCUAUUUUGUGGUUGAUUGAGAUUUAACAACAUUUCAUAUUUAGGGAAAAAAAUCUUUAUUUUUAGACUGUCAGAGUGAAUUGUCACUUGCUUCUCAAGAAGAACUCACAGAUGUGAUAAACUUCCUUUCUGGUGCGCCAAUUAAACAUCGGCUAAUAUCAGAUGAUGAUGCAAAUCCAAGCAUGGCAGAAAGCCACAUGACUCCCAUAGACAGUGGCCUGGGAAGCAUUUACAGUGUAGCUUUAAGCAACAUUACUGUUCCUAGCUCUGCAACUGCAUGUCCAAAUGAAGAAACUGAAAAAAAGGAAUCAUGCGACAAGAGUCAGUCAGAAACCAAGGAAAGGGUUAACACCCCAGUGCUUAAUUUGUGUGAGGGGGUUAACUCUUCCCAAGGAACGAUGGUCACCACAGAAACACAGACCUCACCAUCAACUGAAACAUGUCCAGUUUUGUUUGACAAAUCAGCAAAUGCAGACAAUGAAAGCCAACCUGAGCAAAACCAGCCGGCAAAGGAAGAUAAAGAAGGUGGUGUCAAAAAUCCAGUCCUAGAGUUACUAUCAGAUAAUGCGAAGUCAGAAAGUGAAAAUAAAACUGUUGAUGGUGCUGAAAAGAAGACCAACACUCCCCAGCCAGUGUUGCCAUCACAAACAAAGCAAGAUGGUAGUGAUUUGAGUGUUAAGAGUACCGACAGUGCCCCCUUAGCUGAUGCACCUACAUUGAGUAUCACAAUUAACCAGCAGGUAAAGCAAAGUAAGACUCCCAGCCCAGUUUUGGUGACAGUGAGCUCUGAUGAGUGUCCUGAUGAGAAAACAGUGACCAUCAGUGAGAGCCUUAGGUAAGAAUCACUCCUUAUUUAACAGAUGUACAUGACUGGAAUGUGAGUUGUACUCUUGCAUGUGGGCUUGACAGUUUAUUCUCACAAAAUUUCUCCCUAGCCAAUUGGACAAAUAGAUACCUGUGACAUGGGAAGAAGUAACUGGAUUCCAUUUUUUGUUCUUGAAUAGGAGUGUUUGGGAGAAUGCUAGCCCUCCAUCAGAUUCCUCUGACAUCAUUUCAGAGGGCUCACUGCUACAUAAGAAAGACAUACAUGGAUCACAGGACACUCUCUACCACAGCUGCUGGUCUCUGUCUGAUUUCCCAGGAAAUGAGAAAAAUGAUGAGGCUAAUGAAGAUGCCAAGAGUCUGAAUGAGAGUUUGCUGCCCAGCAAUUCAGGCCCAGGACUAAUGGACCUUGGUUUGAAGUGGUCCAGUUAUGGAAACAGUAUCCAUGGCAACCCAGUAUGGGCCAACAUUCCCAGUGUAAGUGUCAAUUUAAAAUUUUUCUCCCUUGCCAGUGCCAAAGAUUUUAAUCUGCCCAUAAAGUUUGGAACGUUUAUGUUUUCAAGCCAUGCCAAUUGGAAAGAAGCGGCAAUUUAAUAAGUCGGUAGAUUUAAUGUAGUUAUAUAUGCAAAUCAUAGUUUAUAGCCCAAAACGACUUCAACAGAUAUAUUUGUCACCUGCUAUAAUACGCUAGGUCAUUGGCGAAAUGCAUUUUAAGAUUCAUUGUUUCAAUAUUAUUUGCUGAUUUUGCAGGCUUCUGCGAGCAAUUGGAACCAGUCUCAGGAAUCCCUUACCGCUGAUGGAUCUGGAAGAGGAAAGACUGUGUUCUCUCUUGGGCUGGGGAUUACUGGACCGGAUCUGCUAGCUGCUGCCCGGGGAGGAAGGUACCUCAUGUAGUAAGCAUGAAUUAAUUAUGUGGGAUAUUUAGAUAGAUUGAAUUCUUUGCAGGUUCUGGUUUCGAGAAAACUUUACUUCAAAGUUCAAGAUUUGUCUAUCAAACUUUAUUUUUUACCAAAACGUUUACCAGUGAGCCGUGACUUCGCGUGCUAGAUCAAGUUUUGUAGACUUGUUUCCAAACAUAUAAACUCGGGCUAUGAUAUGUUUGGUCCAAUAGUAUUUUUUUUAAUGUUCUGCAGCUACAUUCUUACUUCUCGUUGUUCAUGUAAUGGUAUUUUGUGUGAUUAAUUUAUAGUUGUGAGGCAAUGCCUACGGAUAGUGUCUCCUUUAUACCUAAUGUCGGAAAGCCUUGGAGUGUGGAAGAUUUAGCACAAAAGGUAAACGUGCGUUUUCUUGUUUGCUUGUUUGUUUCCCUCCUUACUUCCUUCUCUCCCUCUUUCUUUCAGUAUUUUCUUUUUCUUCUUGGUGGAUAAAAGAAUUAUCAUCUUAUUGUUAUUAUACGGCGAUAACUACCCGAAAGCUGGAAAGGAAGCACUUUCCUUGUUUUUAAUGAUCGUCUUUGCUCUUGGGUUUGAUUCUCAUAGAGAAUUGAGGGGGGUAAAAUUAUGACCCCUCCUACAUGCGAGGUGUUUUAUUACUCGGUUAUCAUUUGUUUUUUAUUAUUUAUCAAGUUGACAUUGAAUUGUAAUAGGUGAUGAUUUUCAUAAUUUGCUAUUUCAUCAGAAUCCUUGGUCCUCUCGAGAUUCUUCCCCUCCUCCGCUGUGGGCCAAGACGACAUCGUUAACGGAAGACACUCUGAGGCCUUCUCACCAUCGGCCUCCCCUUCCUCCGCAGCACUACAGCGACCCUUUCCUCCCAAGGGAGAACUGGUGGCCUCAGGGGAGGGGUGCUGUAACUUCAGGAUAUCCCCACCCCUCUUAUGCACGUUACCAUACAAACCUUCAGCGUCAACGUGCUUUUGACAAUAUGCCAUACGGAAAGCUAGGUACUUUGCAGCGAGGCCGCGGCACAGCGGGUGCACAGUCGGCGUUCCAACCGGUUCUAACAGGUUUUCGUAAGCAAGGUCAGCAGUUACCGCAAGCUCAUCUUCAGGUACCAUCUCACUACGGAGCAGGGCAUGGAACCCAAUACAAGUCAAAUCCCCGCUUUUAAUUCCGGUGAAAAUUGAGUAGAGUGACUAGUUUACGUUGUAAACUUUUUAUCUUGUUUUAGUAACUGAUGAAUGAUUUUUAGUUUUAUUCUUUAAUCUGUUCGGGGAGACCUACUCGAAUGACUGAUGCGGUAGACAUACAACAACUUUGAAUCUGUACGCUAUGUGCCGGAAAAAAUUUUUGAUUUGUCUCAUGGAAGGGAAAUAUCAACGUAUUGUCAAAAAGAGAGGGGAUUAAUAUGAAAAGAUAUAUUAACACCAAAUUGUUAGAACCAACUUUAUAAAAUAUGUUUGUUAUUUAGGAAAGAGAUAAAUUUUAAGAUAUUGGUGAUUAGAAGCGUUUAACAAAGGAUUACAUGUUGUAAGGAAUCAUUAAUUAGCUAUGGGACUUGACAUAUCUUUUGUAUUGGCUUGAAAUGCCAUAAUCUCGGAUAUCAUGAUCAGAUUGUUUAAGAGUUCAUACUGAUGUGUAAUAUUUGAAUGUUAUUUUUGGACAAAUGAUCUAUUAUUGUAUAAACAACUGGGAUUCAACUGAAAAGCAAGAUGUAAAUGUGAAGUAAAAAAAGCUUAUUACGGAUAGCAUUAGAUGUCAUUCAAAGUCAGGCUCGCAUGAAGCCGGGAAGGUGUUCAUCGAUUGCAUCUUUGGUUGUGAGAAGCCGCUGCCUUUUAAAGAGCUAUUUGGAACGCGGGCGCGCCACGUGGCUCAUAUUUGAUUUAGAUGUAACCUGUGAAGCAGGAAGUUAGGCAAGGCUCUUGUGCAUUGUGCGAUUUUCUUGUGAAAUCUGGGGAAAUCGUAUCUUGUCAUUGGCUGGUUUGAACUAUUUUAUUGAUUCAAAGAAGAAAAUGUUUCAUAUUACUUAGCUGUAAUUGCGCCGAAAGCAAUCACUCUUUGUUCCUUUUGACAAAUUUAAUUUUUUUUAUUCCAUAUCCAUACAUGCACUAUGUGAUGGUAAUUUGUCAAAUCGUUUUUGCAAUAAAGCCUUUUCUUUCUUUCUUUUUUUAUCUUUGAUGCGACCGAGGCAUUGGUUAAAGGCUCAGUAAUGUCGCUUAGAUUUGAUGGUAGUCAUCGCAUUCGUGCUUGAUACAAGAGUAUAGGAUACCACUGCUGAGUGUCGUCAGAAGUUUUAAUUUUGUUACGGCCUAUGUCACAGACAACUCAUUUAUGAGUUUCCUGUAUUUAGUGCUUUGUUAUACCACAUGACUUUAUCCUAAUUUUUAUUGUAGAUUUAAUAGUUUCGACUUUCACUGAGCUUAUUUAAUCAGACACAAGUUUUAAUAUUUUAAUAUCUUAUUUUAAUGUCAAUGUUACUUUUGCUCCAGUAAUUGGGUAAAUUGCCUUUAAUUUUGUAGAUCUUAGAAAUAAGAAGGUCGCGCUACUUUUGGUGACAUUUCAGUCGAUGGAUAGCGUGUAUUCAAAAUAACUAGCGUAGGAUUAUUAUUUAAAAAAAUCAAAUAUUACUUUGAAAGAUGUCGAGCAUUUGAUUUUCUUUGGCUGAACGACAAGAAGGACGUGCCAGUUUUAGUGACCUGGCCCUAAGAGGCGGCCCAUAGAAGCCUGAUGGUAUGCGUUAUCCUUCAGAGUUAUAUCAUGAAAAACAAAGUUCAGGGUAGUAGCGUAAUGAUGGUGAUGUAAUGUUAUAUCUUUGCAACACUCAGCCGUGGGAACUGAGUUUCGUAACUAAGGAGAGCUUUCGAAAGUCUUCUUACAGUGGGGCAGGUUAUGUUACCUAGCCACUCCACUGACGACUUAAACCACAGGCUUAGUGAGGACUGGUACCUCUUCCCUUGACCUCCUUACGCAACGACUUAACACUACGUCACCAUCAAGAAAAGCGUGGGUCGUACUGGACGAGAUUAAUAGAAGUAUCUUUGUUAAAACGCAGCAUUAAGUAGUGACUAGGCUGCAGUAAGACGCUAACCGAGCUACAUUUUUAAAAAUAAUUGCAAUACUACACUCUCUGUGAUUGGUCCUUAACAUAUCACUAAAUUAAUUAAACGUUACGUUAUUUAAGCAAUUCCCUGCAAUUGCUAUUAGAUUACUGGCAAAGUAAUCCACUGAGGUUGAUUGAUUGAUUGAUGUUU